CUUUGCUCUAGUGGGCGGGUCUACAUCACUUCCUCGCGCAGUGGGAUAGUUUUCUGGUCGCUGCUAGCAACCUGCCGCCUGUAACUUCUCCUCUCCUCCGGACACUGUCAGUUUUUAAGCUGAGCUUCCUUCAACAUGUGUGCGAGGAUGAAGCCGUGCGGACGGUGAGCGCAGCGCGGCCCUCGGCUCGGUGUUUCCCCGGCUGCAUGGUGCUCUCCGACGGCCGUGGUUGCGGUUUGGCCUCCAGCCGCGGCUGCGAAUGAACUUCAUUUCUCAGCGUCGCCCAGCUCAGUUUAUUUUAUAAAAAUGGCGGUGUGGGGGACACUGUGAACUAAAUGACUGUCAGAAACAUCGCCUCCAUUUGUAAUAUGGGCACCAAUGCCUCCGCUCUGGAGAAAGACAUCGGCCCAGAGCAAUUCCCGAUCAAUGAGCACUACUUCGGGUUGGUCAACUUCGGAAACACGUGCUACUGCAACUCGGUGCUGCAGGCCCUCUACUUCUGCCGGCCUUUCCGGGAGAACGUGCUGGCCUACAAAGCCCAGCAGAAGAAGAAGGAGAACCUGCUCACAUGCCUGGCUGACCUUUUCCACUCCAUCGCCACGCAGAAGAAGAAAGUGGGCGUCAUUCCGCCCAAGAAGUUCAUCUCCCGGCUACGGAAGGAGAACGAUCUGUUCGACAACUACAUGCAACAAGAUGCCCACGAAUUCCUCAACUAUCUGCUGAACACAGUGGCGGACAUCCUGCAGGAGGAGAAGAAGCAGGAGAAGCAGAACGGGCGCCUGAAGAACAACGGCACGGCUGUCACCUCCGAGGCCGAGAUGGAGAACAAAACGGAGCCCACAUGGGUUCAUGACAUCUUCCAAGGCACACUGACCAAUGAGACGCGGUGCUUAAACUGUGAAACAGUUAGCAGCAAAGACGAGGACUUCCUGGACCUUUCUGUGGACGUGGAGCAGAACACAUCAAUAACACACUGUCUCAGGGACUUCAGUAACACAGAGACUUUGUGCAGUGAAUACAAAUACUACUGUGAAACAUGCUGCAGUAAGCAAGAAGCACAGAAACGGAUGCGAGUGAAGAAGCUUCCUAUGAUCCUGGCGCUACACCUGAAGAGGUUCAAGUACAUGGAGCAGCUGCACCGCUACACCAAGCUCUCCUAUCGGGUGGUUUUCCCUCUAGAGCUCCGCCUCUUCAACACGUCUGGGGACGCGGUAAACCUGGACCGCAUGUACGACCUGGUGGCGGUGGUGGUUCACUGUGGGAGCGGCCCCAACAGAGGUCAUUACAUCACCAUAGUGAAGAGCCACGGCUUCUGGCUUCUGUUCGACGACGACAUAGUGGAGAAAAUCGACGCCCAGGCCAUCGAGGAGUUCUACGGACUCACCUCGGACAUUUCCAAGAACUCCGAGUCGGGAUACAUCCUCUUCUACCAGUCGAGGGAGUGACGCCGGCGCCGGAUCAGCGACUGAGUUACUUUUUACUUACCUUUUUUAGGAUAAGAGACCCAGACGUUCCACAUCCACUCCCUGCUUCUC